UAAUAAUAUCUCCCCUCCCGACUCCAAGAAAGAAUCUCUUAUCUUCUCAUCUAUCUCUCGUUUCCUUUAUCCGAGACUCAUUGUCGAUCUUUUAGAUCUUAAUAAUAAACUUUUUAUUUUGUUUGCUGCAAUCUUAGGGUUUUCUUUCUUCCGAUCGAUUUACAAAAGCGAUUUCUUUUUUUCUGGAAAUCGAACUUGUGUUUCUGGAAUUCGUGAUUCUCGGGAAAAAGCUGAGGAAAUAGGAUCUGGAAAGUGAAGUGCUGGGGAUCGGUGAUUAAUCGUUGAAUUUUGUGUUUUUUUGGACGUCAGGUGAGAUGGGAACUUUGCAAGGACCUGUAAUUUGCCCCACUGUACGCGCAAAACAAGCAGGAGUUUACACCCUACCGGUCAGUCUUCCCUUAAAGAAGACGAAGAUUUUUAGAAGUGGAUUCUGGGGAUUCAGGGGGAACUGUGGUGGUAGGACUAAGGUGGGUGCUGUUCCUCAUCAACUUCAUACGCGUAAGUGCAAGACACUGCAAUGUAGUUUCAGUUCUUCCUCGGAUGGUAAUGGUAGCAUGGCAGAGAAUUUCAAUGAGAAUGAUGAAGAUUAUGUCAACUCCAGUGUAGUUGAAGCUGUUGAGGUGAAGAGUGGUGCAGAUGGUUUCAUGAUUAAAAUGAGAGAUGGCAGGCACUUAAGAUGUGUCCAUAACAACCCUCAAGGUGGGCAUAUGCCAGAUUAUGCUCCACACCCUGCUAUUGUGUUAAAGAUGGAAGAUGGAACUGGGCUGCUUCUCCCAAUAAUUGUUUUGGAAAUGCCAAGUGUCUUGCUCAUGGCAGCAGUUCGCAAUGUUCAAAUUGCCAGGCCCACUCUCUAUCAAGUAAUGAAAGAGAUGAUUGACAAGAUGGGCUAUGCCGUGAAGCUUGUUCGAGUCACCAAGAGGGUACAUGAGGCAUAUUUUGCUCAGUUAUACCUCACAAAGGUAGGUAAUGAAAAAGAGAGCGUCAGUUUUGACCUUCGACCUUCAGAUGCCAUUAACAUUGCUGUUAGAUGCAAGGUGCCAAUACAAGUUAAUAAGUAUUUGGCAUACAGCGAUGGAAUGAGAGUCAUUGAAUCUGCAAAGGUGUCGGUGCAGGCCUCUUCUUCAGAUGGCUUAUUAUUCACAGAACUUGAUAGGCCCAGUGGUCAGCCUUGUAUUGAAACAAAGGAGUUUGAUCUUGUGCGCAACAUGCUGAUUGCAGCAGUUGAGGAACGCUAUAGAGAUGCUGCUCAGUGGCGGGACAAACUCACCCAAUUUCGUUCUAAGAGGAACUGGACAUAACAGUUCCAAGACUUUAGUUUGUAAAUAGAUAAAACAUUGUUCAAGGCUGAUGAGGUCCACUUCUGUAGUUUAUCAUGCUCCUCUCUUCCCCCUAUAUCUUUGUGGUAAAUUUGUGAAUAUGUGUAUAUAUAAACAAACUUAAUUUACUGAUGUAAUGCUGAAAGCACUUGGCACUUGUUGAUUUUUCCCUAUUAUCCCUUCUCUAA